CCUUGUUCUGACCGGGCCUGGGCCGGUCUUCCGGAGAUGUGAGCCAUGGGAUGCGCCCAGGAAGCGUUGGAGGCAGCUGCUGCGGAGUCGGUGGAAGAGGAGGAGCCGAUCAAGGUGAUCAUCUCCGGCGUGCAUGGGGAGCAGGUCGCCUCACUGGAGUUGCCGGGGGAUGCCACGGUCUUGGACUGCAAGGUGGCUUUGAGCGCUGACACGCCGCUUCAUACGCAGAAACUGCUGCUGGCCAACGAUGUUUGCGAGGAUCAGCUGGAGUUGGCCCACCUCAGAGGACACGCGGAGUUGCUGGAGCUCCUCUUGGUGAAGCUGAGCUUCGACGAAGCCCAAAGUCGGCAGCUGCUGAUCCACGCCUGGCGUGGUGAGGUGGAAGACGUCGAGCGCUGCUUAAGGGCUCGCGCAUGCCCUGACCAUCGCAGUGAGGAGGACGGGCGAACGGCUCUCCUCUCCGCGGCGUUACAAGGGCACAUUGAGGUUGCCAAGCUGCUUUGCCAAGCAGGUGCGGCGGUGGACCCGGACGAGGGCGAUGGGGCGUCUCCGAUGUUGGCCGCCGCCAUGCAGGGCCGCCUGGAGAUGGUGCAGUACCUGGCAGAGGCCAAAGCUGCCCUGGACAAACCCACGGGGAACGGAACAACUCCGCUCCAUGUGGCUGCACUGCAGGGGCAUUUGGACGUAGUGACCUAUCUUUGCGAGGCUGGUGCUCAGUGCGACAGGACGACUCCAGGGGGCGCUACACCCUUGUAUGUGUCCUGCUACAAUGGCCACUUGCCGAUUGUGCAGUACCUUUGCUCCCAGCGGUCAGACCUGUGCAGGAGGACGCCAACGGGGGCCACGCUCCUGCACGCGGCAGCUCAGGAGGGCCAAUUGGAGGUGGUGGCCUUUCUGUGUGAAAUGCCCGAGGUGGACAAGGACUCCCAAAUGCACGACGGCGCCACGCCGCUGCUUGCCGCGGCAUUGCAGGGGCGUGUGCGGGUCGUGGAGCACCUCACGCGGGUGAAAGCGGACAUCCACAAGACCACGAAGGAUGGCGCGUCGGCUUUGCACGCUUGUGCCCGCUCCGGGCACCUAGAGGUGGCCCGCUUCUUGUGCGAGGCAGGCGCCGACAAGGACCGCGCCAUGAUGGAAGGUGCCACGCCCUUGCUGGCUGCGGCGCUGCAGGGCCAUGCUGAGGUGGUUCAGUACCUUUGCGAGGCUGGUGCGGACAAGGACCGGAGCAUUUGCGACGGCGUCACCGCCUUCCAUGCUGCCGCGGAGCGGGGACAUGCAGAUGUGAUCCGAUGCCUUUGCGAGGUGGGCGCCAACAAGGACCAGGCCAUGCGGAACGGGCUCACGCCGCUGAUGGCUGCAUGCCUCCAAGGCCACGAGGAGGUGGUGAAGGUACUCUGUCAGAGCGGUGUGAACAUGGAGACACCCAUGCGCGAGGAUCUCAUCCUGGCAUCGGUGUUUCUGAAGGGUGGCGUGCCCAACUCCCAAAUCUUCCUCUGCGAUCCGCCGCAGGAUGCCCGGUGCAAGCAAGGCGCGACCUCACUGCAUGUAGCGGCGCUGCAUGGGCACGUAGGGGUUGUCAAGGAGCUCUGCGAAGCCAAGGCGAAUCUGGAGGCCAGGAUGCGGGUCGGGUCCACCCCCCUGCUGGGGGCUGCACAAGCAGGUCAUGCAGAGGUCGUGCGAUACCUCUGCGGGGCCAAGGCCAAGUUUGAGGGGCACUGCGCAGACAGCGAGACCCCUCUCAUGGCAGCCGUGCUGCGGGGGCACUUGGAGGUGGUGCAGGCGCUGUGUGAGGUUAAGGACGCUGAAGAAGCAGGCUGACCCUCAACGCGCAGGGGGCUGCGGAACGACGCCACUGUUCGCAGCGCAGAUGCUGGGCCUAGAGGAGAUUGCUGCCGUCUUGAGGGAGAGCUGCCGUGCCAAGUGGCGCCCACGGCUAGGCAUGCAAAGCUGCUGUCGUCGCGCUCGAUGAGGGCGUGGGCAGAAGGUCCCAGGUGGUGCUUGACGUGCAAGCGGAACCACUUGGCUAGCACUUCCGCACCUUUUAUGACAUUGCUUUCGCUUGUGGUC